AAUCCAUUAUUCUAGGUGGGGUCUGAAUAAAGUCUGAGCUGUCAGAGAGGAGAAAUCACUAAUGCUGAGAGUGAACUCAACGUCUGACAAGGACAAUUUUCUUUUUUCUUCAUUGUUGAACUAAAUCGUCCUCUGUCUGAUCAUGCAGACACAAAUAGAAUAUGAAGUAAAAACUAUAAAAAGUAAGCAUUUGAGGCUGAAUGACCUGAAACAGGAAGCCCAGGAUUCCUACUUGUACAAGAAAUAUCUGUACAAAGAAGACAUCCCUGCAUAUCCCCGACCGGAACUUCAUGUGUCUUGUCUGAAACACGACACAAACCGACAGGGUUUAUGCGGGAUCAGGGCUGACGAAGGUUUCAAGGCUCCUCAAAAACUCUCCCUGGUGUGGUGGAGUCUGGCCGUGAGGCCCGAGGAGAUCCAGUCGGCUGAGACGAGGCUCCUGGAUGAGACCUACCCAAAGCGGACGAAAGAGCAGGCCGCGAAGCAGGAGAACUUCUUGUGGAGGUUCGCCUCUUCUCCAGCCUUCAGUGAGAAGUCCAGGUAUGGCUCAUACCGCUUCACUUUCCCCGUGGAGGAGGUGCUGACCGCCUACAGGGAGCAGUUUUGCUCCGGAGCUCCGCCCAUCAUGAGGGUGUUCCAGACAAAUCUGUUCAAACAGGAAGUGGAGUACGCUGUGCUGGUCCACAGCCCGGCCAAUCAGGAGCUCUUUUCAGAGUAUCCUUUGUUUCUGUAUGAUGACCCGAACGCUGUCUGCACUUACAGAGAUGGACGUUUCGUCUGGAGACCAGAGGCCAUGUGUGAGACACACAGUUAUGAGUUGUUCCAAAGACCUGAUGAAAACCAGAUGACCGCUCGGCCCUGGAGUUGGAGGCCUCCAUUUUAUGUUUGGGAUCAUGUCGCACUCGCUCUGCAUGUGGAAAACGGACAGAUGCUGAAGUUUGAUGCUGAUCGACUGAGAGCAAACCUCACAUUCUGUGAUCAGGACAAUGUGAAACUCCCUCUUAAAUUCAACUUUGAUCGUUUCGAGGAUGCUAAAAAGGUGGUGAGACAUUUGUGGCCCAAAUCCACCCCGCUGAAGAGGGAGCCUUCGAUCUGGGGUUUCACAGAUGGACCUUUGUACUUGCCACCUGUGAUGACUUAGACCUCAGAGGGCAACAACCCAAGAUCAUGGGGCAACUUUUGCUAUGCUUUCAGACAAACAUAAGGAUCCAAGCACAGAGCCAGACACAGGAAGAGUUCACAGCAGUUAUUUGCAGUAGAGAGUUGUCUUGGUGCUCAUCAACAGUUUCCUUUCAGUUUGCCAGUGUUACUAUAAUAGAGACACUGUCCUGGAAGGAUGCUCUGUCACUCCUCCAGCUGCUCAUUACAAUGACCUACAGUAGACGUGACAGAGGUGGUGGACAGAAGAACAAGUGUUAUUGGAGGCGAGUAGAUUGAAUUCGACAGAUUGAAUUAUAGUUUCAUUCACAGGCUUCCUCUUGAAGGUGUCUGCAAACCUAUAAGCACGAGCUGAUCAAAACUUGUAGAGUUGGGGCUCUGAGCAUCUCUUCUGGCUCUUGGAGGAGGCGGAUGCAUCUCUCCCUCUCCCUCCCUUAUCUUUCCUGCUUCGGUUCUAUGUCCUCGUCUAGUCUCGUCUAACUCUAACCCACAGAGAGCCUCUGUGUCUCGGUCUUGUUCUCUAAAUCCUAAAGAAUUAUGGAUUUGAUCAACUGGUAACGUAAUGCAGUUGACACUCUCUCCUGGGUUUGGGAGAGCCUGAGUGUCCUGGAGGGACGUUCCCUGCCGGACACACGAUGGACGGGUGGCAGAAGUGGAGCAUCGUGUGCCUGGCGGGACUGUCUAUCGAGGACAUCGAAAUAUAACGGGGUUCCUGCUGAUCAGAGCUGGCUCGGCCCUGGCUUAUUGGAAAAAGAAGAAAGCGGUGACAGGUGUUCAAAACCCCACAAGGCUAGCUGCUAUAAUCGAAGGGCUGGGACAAGCUGUGAGUACUCAGACUGUUAGAAUGCAAGAAAGAUCUUGGAGAAGCUCACGGCUAUCAUCAGCUCAAACAAUCAAUCAAUCAAUCAAUCAAUCAAUCAAUCAAUCAAUCAAUCAAUCAAUCAAUCAAUCACCUCUGGUCACCAUAAGCAUUUUGCACUGCUCCUCGGGCUGAAGGAAUCUUAAAAUUUCAGAAGCACAAACCUACAACACAGGAACAAUUCAAAGUGUUUAUUUAAAGCAACAGAGCUCAACAACUGCAGUAUUUUCACCUGAGCAGGUUUCAUGGAGGAGCUCACAGGCAGGAGAGUAAUGAUAAAGUUUAAGGUUCAAAUGCCAUCAUAUCCAAACUGUGAUGAUCCCACCAGCAGCAGGAAAUACACUGUGGGAAUCAAAAAUAAGGAGACCAGAAGGGUCAGCCUGAGCCUAGAAAGAUGACUUUAAGUCUUCUCCUCUCUA